AUAGGCUUUCGCCACCUGGCUGUCGCCACCUGGCUGCCGCGCCUUCCCGGGCGUGCCCAAGACGCCCGAGAGCAGCGAUCGGCUGCUCCGCGGCCGCGCGCGGGCGACCCUGCGACGGGCCGCUCCCCUGGGAUGUAGGGCGGGAUCCCCAUGGCGCCUGCCUCUUCACCCUGCCGCCCAGCCAUGGCGAGUCGCGCCGGGGGCCUCGCCGCCCAAGAGCGCUUCCUGCAGUGCUGCCGCCGCGUGGAUGCGGCGGGGAGCGGCACGGUGCCGUCCAAGGGCCUGGCGGUCUUCCUGCAGAGGCUAGGGCUUGAGCAGCAGGAGGUGGAGGGCCUCCUCCUGGAGGCGGACGCGGGCGGAGGCUGCACGGACUACGUGAAGCUGGCGGGGGCGCUGUGGGUCUCAGGCCCCGAGGGCGACGACGAGGCGAGCGCCUCCUCGGAGCUCCGGGGUGAGGCGUGCGCCGUGGUGCCGGACGGGGGCGUGAGGGAGGCGGGCGACGAGCAGCCAGUGCCAGAUGCGACGCUGGACGAGGCGGUGCCGCAGCACUCGUUCGGCCUCCCCAUCGCAAGAAAGGAGGCGCCCCGCGGAGCCGCGGAAGGGGCCGCGGGCGAGCCGGCGAGGCAGACGCUGCAGGACGGCUCGGUGUACGAGGGGCAGCUGAGCCCGGGCGGCGAGCGGCACGGCUGGGGCAGGAUCUGCUUCGGGAGCGUCUACGAGGGCGAAUGGAUGCACAACCAGAUGCAUGGCAACGGCAAGUUCAUAUCCCCCGACGGAAGCGUGUACAAUGGGCAGUGGGUGGAGAAUUGCAUCGGGCCCAGCGGCAGCAUCUCCUGGCCGGGGGGGCCCGAGUACGUCGGCGCCUUUCGGGACGGCCUGCAACACGGCAGGGGCAAGGUCUCUUGGCCCGAUGGCCGUUCGUACGAGGGGGAGUUCGCGAACGGCAAGCAGCACGGCAGAGGCGUGUACAGCAAGCCGCCGAGCUUCAUCAGCCUCUCGGAGUGGCACGAAGGCCAGUUUGUGCAGUGGCUUGAGGGUGCCGUAAGUGAGCCGAGCGGCAGCUUUAGCGCGGGCGCUGAGACGCCCUGAACGGAAGUUGAUGGCACGAAGCUCGCGACCAGCAGCAGCAUUAGCACGAGCGAUUCGCCAUCCAUUGCCAGCAUGUUCAUGACAUCGUUUGGACAUCAAUGUUUGAUCUCCAGCAUUUGCCCUUAGUCAACUCGCUGCUGAACUGGGCAGCGCGUGGCUGCGACGCUUCCAGGACUGUCUAGCGUGCAAGACAAACACUGAAAUAACAGUUCGUGAUCUAUGGUCCACAUGCAACCAAGUGCACCAGUCAUCAGCGUAGACCGCAU